ACGAGUAUAUUACUUGAACGAAAAUCUUAAACUAAAGCAGGGAAGGUAUUCGGAAAACCAACCCAAUUCCUACCUUCUCAUCUUUCCAUCAAAAUUUUCUUUCCAUUUUCCCAAACUUUCCCUCCAACCAAACACCACCAAAAUGGACGUCCCCCACCACCACCAAAAAGAUCAUGAUCAUCAAGAGGAAUACAUUUUCCGGUCCAAACUUCCCGACAUCUACAUCCCCAACCAUCUUCCUCUCCACUCCUACUGCUUUGAGAACAUCUCCAACUACCAAGACAAACCUUGUCUUAUCAACGGAUCCACAGGUGAGACCCACUCUUACGCCGAUGUCGAGCUCACCGCGCGUAAAGUGGCGGCGGGGCUCGAUGAGAUGGGUAUCAAACAAGGCGACGUGAUUCUCCUCCUCCUCCAGAAUUGCCCCGAAUUCGUCUUCACCUUCCUCGCCGCCUCGUACAUAGGAGCCAUCAGCACCACCGCCAACUCUUUCUACACCCCGGCCGAGAUCGCCAAGCAAGCAAAGGCGUCGAAGGCUAAACUUAUCUUGACGGUUUCGACUUACGUCGACAAAGUCAAGAACUUCGCCGACGAAAAUAGCGUCAAGAUUGUGUGCAUCGACGACGCCCCGCCCGAGGGGUGUCUCCACUUCUCGGAGCUUUCGAAUGCCGACGAGUCCGCGAUUCCGGCGGUGAAGAUCAACCCAGACGACGUCGUUGCGCUGCCGUAUUCAUCGGGAACGACGGGGCUUCCUAAGGGGGUUAUGCUGACGCACCGGGGACUCGUGACGAGUGUCGCUCAACAGGUUGAUGGAGAGAAUCCGAAUUUGUACUUCCACAGCGAGGAUGUGAUCCUCUGCGUGCUUCCUCUUUUCCAUAUCUACUCCCUCAACUCGAUCCUGCUCUGUGGCCUUAGGGUUGGGGCGGCGAUCUUGAUCAUGCAGAAGUUUGAGAUCAAUAAGCUGUUGGAGUUGGUGGAGAAGUAUAAGGUGACGAUCGCACCGUUCGUGCCGCCGAUCGUCUUGGCGAUCGCGAAGAGCCCCGACCUUCAUCGGUACGACUUGUCGUCGAUAAGGAUGGUCAUGUCCGGCGGAGCGCCGAUGGGGAAGGAUCUUGAGGAGGCCGUCAAGGAUAAGCUUCCUCAUGCCAAACUUGGACAGGGUUAUGGCAUGACCGAGGCAGGACCGGUGCUGUCGAUGUGCUUGGCCUUCGCCAAAGAACCCUUCCCGAUCAAGUCUGGGGCUUGUGGCACCGUUGUUAGGAACGCCGAGAUGAAGAUUAUUGACCCCGACACCGGAGCAUCGCUUCCAAGAAAUCAGGCCGGCGAAAUUUGCAUUAGAGGUAGCCAAAUCAUGAAAGGUUACGUUAAUGAUCCCGAGGCUACGAAGGCGACUAUAGACGAAAGGGGAUGGUUACAUACGGGCGAUAUAGGAUACAUUGAUGAUGAUGACGAGCUCUUCAUCGUUGAUAGAUUAAAAGAACUGAUCAAAUACAAAGGCUUUCAAGUGGCCCCAGCUGAGCUUGAAGCCAUGCUCAUUGCCCACCCCAACAUCUCUGAUGCUGCUGUUGUACCUAUGAAUGAUGAAGCUGCAGGAGAAAUUCCUGUUGCGUAUGUAGUAAGAUCAAACGGCUCCAAGAUCACAGAAAAUGAUAUCAAGAAAUACAUCUCAGACCAGGUUGUAUUUUACAAAAGAAUUGGUAAGGUUAUCUUCAUAGACAAAAUCCCAAAAUCCCCGUCAGGAAAAAUCUUGAGGAAAGACUUGAGAGCAAGACUUACUGCAGAAGUAUUAGCCAAUUAAGUUUUCUCAGGGACGUAUAUCUUUUUUUUUUUUUUUUUAGCUUUUAUCUUUUAUCCCUCUUUUGUCAUUUUUCUUUUUGUUUGUUUUUCUCAUCUCUUUUCCAGUGUUCCCGAAAAUAUUGCAAAUCAACGGGUAAAAAGCCAUCAUGAAUUACUUUUUAUAAUGUGGUGAAUCUAAUUUCUCGCCCCUUGUACUAAAUUUCUCUCUUUUCGGGAACCUUAUUAAUUAGGAUCCAACGAAAGACAUAUCGGAGUGCUUUUACUUUUGUAAGAAUGUGUUUAUGUAUAUGAAGUUAUUAUGGACAACUUUGUAACU